AUGAAGGAAAUGUUGAACACAAGUGGGUUUGGCUAUGACCCAAUUAACAAAUGCAUUGAGGUCGACCCCCAAGUAUGGAACGACUACAUUGAGAAAUAUCCAAAUAGGAAAAAGUACAGAGGUCCAAAAGUCUGGAGAUACUAUGAUGAGUUCGCCGAGGUAUAUGGCAAAUCUCAAGCAAGUGGGCAAAACGCAGUCACAUUAAACAACGUGCUAGAAGCUGAGACUGAACCACUCCCAUGUACACCUGUAUCUCAGACAUCACCUUCGUACAUGCAGCCUGAUAGUGAACAGUCAUUUACACAGUCGCCACUACCUACAACUGAGAAUCCGACAACCAAUACAAGUACACGUAGGUCAAAACGGAACAGGUCAACCAAUGAUGACAUGUAUUACAAUUUGUUGAACGGUAUAGCUAAAAAUGUGGACUCCCUCACACAUACUUCUAGAGGGUUUCAAUAUGUCAAAUGUUGUGAAAUUUUACAAGAGAUGGUGGACACAGGGCUACUAGAUAGUCAUACGAGACUGAUGAGUCUGGACCUGUUAGGAGAGGGAACCAAUUCCAUGAUCUUUCUCAACAUUCCACCUGAAGACCGGCUGACAUGGUUGUCGCGUAGACUUGGUGAUUUAUAG